AACGCAACAUUUUUGGAAAACCAAAAGUAUAAAAGUUCAUUGAGCUCCCUGUUAAAAUACCCUUUUUCUUUUGGUUCCUUAGCUAUUGGAACGAGCACAUAACUGGCAUUUCCAACCUUUGUCAUCUUUUCCACCACUUUUGAUCACAUUUUCCCAGUGGACCACUUUCUGUCUCGGACCCUACCUUUUCGACAUCUACACCGCCAUCACCAUGUCAUCCUCUACUCACAACAUCAUUGGAAGCAAUCCUACAGAGUUCACCACAUCCACCUUUCCCGACGUUCACGAGAACACAAGAGUUGUAGCAGUUUGUGCAGUCAUGGACAUCAAUGAUGCAGAUCAUGAGGAAGACGGCUGCCUUCUCUCCGAUUUUUAUCUCUUUAACGUCUUACUCCACAACCUUACUCCCAAGCAGACGUGGCUGAGCCUACUGGAACCGCAAGAGUUAGUAUCACAGUACACGGAAUAUACGCACGGGAACAACGAAGACCAGAGAGUCGUGUUAAAUCAGGACAUUAUCGAUCAGAAGCUAUUCACGCCUGUGCAACUGCUGAGUCAAUAUACGGCAGUUGAGGAUUAUCUGAGGAUUCUGGGUCGUGAGGCUUCUGAAGCCAGUCAGAAGGGCGAAAAGCUGCUGGUAUUGAUAUUUGGGCGCGGGCAUGAAACCAGCAAGACUGUGCUUUUCGGACCCCUACCUUGCCCGGAACAAGAUACUGACGAGUCCUGCCGACCAGAGCACCCGUUGCUUCUGUCCAGGGUACAGGCGGCGAUGCCUGAAGACCUUCAAUGGACUAUUGUGACCAAUUCCUUUUGGUUGGGGGGUUGGACAGUGACGACCAACAACAUUCCAAUACCAGACCCAUGGGCGGAGGAGUUGGAUUACGUAGAUGUUGGAUCAGAGGUCCUCGCCCUGGAGGAGGAAAUGGAGGAGCUAUCGCAGGAAGAGAUUGGGAUCAACGAGGGCUUCAUUAAGCACGCCAAGAGACUCCGUUCAGAACUUGCAAGAUUUACCGGCAGACAUGGGGACAUGCACAAGGUGACAUUUCCAGGCAUGAUUGAUGAGUGGAUAUUGUUCUUUGGCGAAAGAAGUGGAAUCCCACUGGCUGAUAUCGAGGAACGAUUCAACGCUUUACCACUCCGUCCCUUGUGCUUCGAUCCGACCACCGCAACCCCGCCAACUAAGCACCCGGAGCAGUUACCAAGAGGAAGAUUUUGUACUGCAAGAGCAGCGCGGAAACACGUCCUCAACCUCGCUGUCGAGUACGCAAACAGCAUCCCAGGAAGGUCGAGCCAAUCUGGGAACCAGGGGAUCAGCUCACGCGUUGCAAUAUUGAACCAGGGCGUGGAUACGUCAUGGGAGCACAUAGGUGAGACGCUUGCUCACCUAGAAUACCGCCUUGGCUGCACACGAGCAGCGACGACGUGUCUCACUCUAUGUGACAUUCCUUUUCCCUACGGUCUAGCUUGCCACGAGUACGACCACAACGACUACAUCCGGAACCGACAUUGCCAGCUUUACCGUACAAUAGGAUUGGAAAUGUAUGAGAGGGGUAUUUUUCAGCUUUUACCGUGGAGGGGGGCUCAAGGAUGGAUGUUUAAUAAGCCCAGACAAUACAUCACAGUCGCUCUAGUCGAGCAGUACAAGCUCGACCCCAGGAAUGGGCAAAGGAACUUGGUGAUCUCGCUGGCAAAACUACAGUCAGUCGAGCCACUGAUUAGCGCGCAGCUCUCGGAAUCAAACGUGCGAUUAGAUGCCCUCGAAUCGACUCACUAGACUACGUCAGAGACUCUACGGCUUUUCUCCGAGAAAGACCAAUGAGACUUUGGAAUGCACGAGCGGGCUCUCGGCAGUGAAAACACUGAUUAAGUUGAAAACGUAGUGUACUGGUGAUGUGGAUUGGGAACGUUUGACUGUUUGCUGUUUGUAGUUAUGGGCCCUGUUGAACUUCAGAUACUUAUUGGAAAAAAUGAAGGGAAAUCUCUGUUGACCAAAAUCUUAUUCGUACUCUUGCUAGUCAUCUUCGAAAUCAAAUAACAGCCUGUUCGUUAUGAGCAACCAUAACAUUCGUUGUGAUAAUAGUAUCUCAGCUAGAAUGCACAGGCGCAAAGCGUAUGCUUGCAUAUUGAACG